CGCGGAUCCUGCGGAGCGGCCGGCGUGCGGCGGCGUGCGGCGGACGGCCCGGCAGGGUCCUCGCGGGUCCUCGGCGCGCCCGGGGGAGGGCCCUCUUUGUGGCUGCAGUUGGCAAGAUGGCGCCGGUGGGGGUGGAGAAGAAGAUGCUGUUGGGCCCCGACGGGCCCGCUGUGGCGGCGGCCGGCGACCUGACCACUGAGGAGGAGGAAGGCCAAAGCCUGUGGUCCUCGAUCCUGAGCGAAGUGUCCACACGCGCUAGGUCCAAGCUGCCGUCCGGCAAGAACAUUCUGGUCUUCGGUGAAGAUGGUUCUGGGAAAACAACCCUCAUGACUAAGCUACAAGGAGCUGAGCACGGCAAAAAAGGAAGAGGCCUAGAGUAUCUCUACCUCAGCGUCCACGACGAGGACCGAGAUGAUCACACGCGCUGCAAUGUGUGGAUUCUGGAUGGAGACUUGUACCACAAAGGCCUGUUGAAGUUUGCAGUUUCUGCUGAGUCCUUGCCGGAGACCUUGGUCAUUUUUGUUGCAGACAUGUCUAGGCCUUGGAUUGUGAUGGAGUCACUACAGAAAUGGGCUAGUGUUUUACGUGAGCACAUUGAUAAAAUGAAAAUUCCACCAGAAGCAAUGAGGGAGCUAGAACAGAAGUUUGUGAAAGACUUCCAAGACUAUGUCGAGCCUGAAGAAGGUUGUCAAGGUUCCCCACAAAGAAGAGGGCCUCUGACCACAGGCCUGGAGGAAGAAAAUGUUUCCCUGCCUCUUGGUGACAACAUGCUGACUCAUAACCUGGGGAUCCCAGUGUUGGUGGUGUGCACAAAGUGUGAUGCAGUGAGUGUCCUGGAGAAGGAGCACGAUUACAGAGAUGAGCACUUUGACUUCAUCCAGUCACAUCUUCGGAGGUUCUGCCUCCAGUAUGGAGCUGCCUUGAUUAACACAUCAGUGAAGGAAGAGAAAAACCUUGACUUGUUGUAUAAAUACAUUGUUCAUAAAACAUAUGGUUUCCACUUUACCACACCUGCCUUAGUUGUGGAAAAGGAUGCAGUUUUCAUACCUGCAGGCUGGGACAAUGAAAAGAAAAUAGCAAUUUUACAUGAAAAUUUCACAACAGUGAAGCCAGAAGAUGCAUAUGAAGACUUCAUUGUGAAGCCCCCUGUGAGAAAGCUGGUCCAUGACAAAGAGUUGGCAGCGGAGGAUGAGCAGGUGUUCCUAAUGAAGCAACAGUCACUCCUUGCCAAGCAGCCAGCCACACCUACGAGAGCCUCUGAAUCCCCUGCGAGAGGACCCUCUGGCUCUCCGAGAACCCAGGGCCGGGGAGGGCCUGCUAGUGUGCCCAGUGCCUCCCCAGGCACAUCGGUCAAGAAGCCUGAUCCAAACAUCAAAAAUAAUGCAGCAAGUGAAGGAGUGUUGGCCAGCUUCUUCAACAGUCUGUUGAGUAAAAAGACAGGCUCUCCUGGAAGUCCUGGUGCUGGUGGGGUGCAGAACACAACCAAGAAGUCAGGACAAAAGACUGUGUUGACAAAUGUUCAGGAAGAACUGGAUAGAAUGACUCGAAAACCAGACUCCAUGGUAACAAACUCUUCAACAGAAAAUGAAGCCUGAUCCUCCUAAAAAAGUGUUUAUGUAAAAUGACCAAAUAACUAUGUAUAUUGAUCUGCUAAGACCAGGAUUUUUCUGAUAUGGCACAUGCUAUCAGUUUUUUGGGGCAGGGGAGAUGAACUUAAAAAAAACAAAAACAAAAACUUAACUGGCUUGUCCAAGUGUGAAAUGCACAUUUAGGAAGAUUACAUGUCAAACCCCUUUGCUAAGGAUAACCCUUGGACUCUCGGACAUGUGGCUUCGUGGGAAGUAAGUACAGUCAGACUUCUUGUGGAGGGGAAGAUAGAUUGAGAGAAAAAGGGCCCAGCUUCUAACAGGACAAAGCAAGUAAGAUGAGGAAAUCAUGAUCAGAUGGUGGUUAGUCUGACCAGUUGUGUGUUAGCAAGUUCAGUUGUUCUUGGGAAGCAGAUUAAGUAGCAGAAAGUUCAGAAAAGAGAAAAGACUCAAAAGAAGAAUGAGAGAAGUGAUGGUGGGGAAGUCAGACGUUGAGGGAGGUGGAGGAAGAAGGAGAUGAGCAGUGUUAGUAAGUACUGUGUGUUCAGUAGGAGUCAAAUAAGCAUUAAGACUUAAAUUUAGAAGCGUUUCCAAACUAAACACUAAGCCAAAUGGAAAUUAGACUUGUUCUGAAUGCAUCUUUAACUUGGGAAAGAUGUGGUAAGUAUGGGGUGCCUGGGGCAGGUGGAGCUGACACGGGUUAAGAUGGCAGGUUGCCCAGGCCCCAUGUGCUUGGCCCAGUCCAUGUCCUUGUAGGAGGCACUGGGCCCCACACAUGUACAUCGUGUGGCAGUCACUGUGGGGUGUGUUUAAAGUCAGCAGUUAAAAAGUUAGUUUACUUUGAGUUGUGUUUUCUAAAUAGUUCCUGCUUUGUUUUAAGUUAAAUUUUUUUUUUUUUUUUUUUUUUAAUUUACUACCAAACACUGGCUUACUAAUAGAGAAUGGGUAUCCCAUCCUUAUGUUUUAUUGUAAUGCAAUGAGCUACAGAAAGUUUGAGGGAGGUUUUAUUGUAAUUGCACUCUGGUAAUUGGCUUGCACCAGUCCCUGCCUUACAGUCCGUGGAAACCUCCAUGAUUUUCACUGAUGCAAAGGGUCUUGUCCUAGCUCCCUGGUCUGAUCAGUGCUGUCAGAUGGAAAAAUAAGUGUGAAUGUUUUGUACUGAAAGUGGAAAUGAUGCAUUUCUCUUGUUUUGGGUUUUUCAUAAAAUGUUUUUGUUUUUUUUUUUAUGGAAAUGAGUGUCACGUGUCUCCCCAUUUAGUACAAGUUUAUGCAUAUUGUCAUGUCACACCACCAUUCUGGAAAUGACUUCUGUGGAUUUGAAAUGGCACUUUUAAUUUUAUAUAUGACACAGAGCAUUUGAAAGCAAACACUACCAUAAAUUUUUAAUGUCUGAAACAUUUGUUGUCAAACCAAGGGGGAAAAACCACAGUUCACAUGUGUAGAGUUUACUUUUUUUAUAAGAAUGUUUGUUGUGUUGUGUCUGAGCAGAACUUCCCUAAUGUCUUUAUUUUUACAUACCAGAUUUGAUUUGACCACUAGUAUAGUACUGGGUGUAACUUAAUUUCCUAUGUUAUGUAACAAGACUCUAAUUCUGUCUUGAAUUGCUUUUUUGUAAAGGUCUGAACACUGUUAAGGAGAAAGCUGAGUUAUUUACAUUUCUUUCUGACAAACAUAAAAACAUUUCUGGUGCCAGUUUUAUUCUUGAAAAUAUGCUGUUUUUUCCCCUUGUUAAUUCAGUUAAAAAAAAAAAUCUGGCUUCCAGUUACAAGGUUGUCUAGGUAAUGACAGUAAACUGACUGUGGAAUGAUGGGUGUGGUGUAGUGACCAAUUGAUGCCGAACAGCUUGUGGCCACAGUAAAGAUGGAUCACUUACUCCCUCUGUGGCAGCUGGGGGUGGGAGUGAGGCAAAAUGAGUGACUCAGAAGCAAGAGUUCUUGGAAAGGCACUUGUCUAAGAUGGAUACAGUGUGAUUUUAAGUUAUAAUGCAGAGUUUCAUUUUUAUUUUUUUGUCAUUUGAACUGAUAAGCACUUUUUGUGUCAAUAUAAAAUGUGCUAAAACUGAUGGAAUGCUAAGACACCUGUCUUGUGAAGGAAAGUUUCUGGGAGAUCAUUUUUAGUUUCUCAUGACAAGCAGAUGCUCCUAGUAUCAGAAGACACUGACGCAUAGUGUCAUGUGCUCAGUGGUUGCCAAAGUCUACCAACUUUGGGGAGCUGCAGGGUUCUUUUUGGGGGGUGGGGAGAGGGGAGAUAUUUUUUAUUAUUUUGGGGUUUUCAAGCAUUGGAACCAAAGGCCAAACAAUAUACAGCCUUUACUUUUUUAAAGUAAAAUUAAUUUUAUUUGCAGAAUACACUUAUAUGGUAGACUGUUGAAAGACAAUUUUAUGACUAUUUAUAUGCAUUAUAGUGGUUACAUCUGCUGUUUGUCUUUAAAAUGGAGAAAAGUCAAAGAAAUAAUCCCAACCUUGAAGAUGUGGCUGAGAUAAAAAGGCCAUGAAUUGGCCUUUCCUAAAAAUGCAAUGAGUAUGCUGCUAGAUUUUUUAUUUUAUUUGCACUUUUUUUUUUGAUUGGCAUUUUAAAAUCAGUAUUUAAACUGAAAACAUUGUCAUGUUUUGUUAAUUUAACAAAGUUGAAAGUGACUGCUCUGUACAUCAUUACCUUAACAAUGUUGAUGCUGUAAGUGAAAGUUCACUGUUGUCUAUAUACUAAGUUUAUGGUGUUUUAACUUAAAAUUAGGACUGCAGAUUAUCACCCACCAGUCUUAGUCCAGGGGUGUGGCUCCAUCCAGGUGCAGUAUGCAGUCAUGUGGAACCUUGCUUUCUAGUGCUGGAAAAAAAAGAUGUCUCUAAUUACUGGCUUCAAUAAACAUGAAUCCAGAUGGCUUACAA